AUGAAACAAGUUAUUAAUGUUUUGAAGGAAUGGGUGAAGAUGCAACCGCACUUUAAGAAGAAAGAUUUUGCCGAUUCUUAUCUGGAGAGAUGCAUCGUGGCAUCUAAAGGGUCAGUAGAGAAGGCGAAAAUUCGUUUGGACAAAAUUUGCACCAUGAGAACUCUAAUGCCUGAAUUCUUCGAAAAUAUCGAUAUAGCGAAAGAUUGUAAGGAACUGUUUGAUACAGUCAUCUUGACCAUCUGCCCGAAAUUAACGAAGGAACAUCAAAGAGUCUUCGUAAUUAAAACCUACAGGAAUGUUACUCACUCAAAUCUAAUUACUUUGUUUUACAAAUAUGGAGUAUAUCAAGGGUAUGGCCUAAAAAUAAAAGGUAUUCAUAUAGUAUCAGAUUCCAAAGGCGUUGAUAUUUUUGUCAAUAUCAUCAAGCAAUUAUUAAAGACCAAGCUGGCCAGUCGAAUUUCGACUCAUAAGACGUUUGAGGAGGUACAUGACAUUGUAGGAAAAGAGGUGUUACCAGUAGAAUUGGGAGGAUACGAAAAAUCUAUCAAAGAAAUUCAUGAUGACUGGCUGUCUGAAUUAUCAAAGAAAGAAAAUAUCGAUUAUAUGCGUGAAAUGAACAAGGCAGGUGUUGAUGUAACGCUUCGGCCAAGACACAAUCUCAACGAUGAUUACGUCGGUAUGCCCGGAACCUUUAGAGUUUUAAGUGUAGACUAA